AUGAUUGAACGAGAAGAGCUGAAGGUCGUCUGGCGCAAGCUGCCCGAGAAGGAUCGGAACCCUCAGCUGUUCAAGAUGAACAUCUUCGCACCGGACCAGAUCGUGGCCAAGUGCCGUUUCUGGUGCUUCCGGUGGACCACCGGUAAAAUCGUUUCGGUCAAGCGCAUCCUGGAGAAGACUCCGCUGCACGAUUCCCGCUCCGGUACGCAUAACAUGUACCGUGAUCUGACUGUUGGUGGUGCUAUCACUCAGUGCUACAGUAGGGCUUCAUAUCACCGUACCCGUGCUUAAUAAACCAUCAAGGUCGAAUCGGUGAAAGCCCCCAAGACCCGUCAUGUUCACUACAAGCAGUUCUACGACUCGAAAAUUCAUUUCCUGCUGGUACAAGGAUACUACCACAAGUGCCACCGUAAGCUGUUCUCGUUCCGCCAACCAGUAAACAAUUCAGAGUCGCCGUUUAUUGUGCUGUUAAUUCCACUAUUUUUUCAGGGAGUUGAAAAUUAUGAUGAUCUGUAA